AGAGAGGGGGAGAAAGAGAGAGAGAGAGUCUCUCUGAGUGAGGAUGUCAGUGAGUGUGUGAGACAGAAAGAGUGGCAUAGUGAGUAGUGAACAGAGAGUUCCCAAGAGAGACAACAGUGAAAGAGAGAGAGAAAAAGCCCCUGAGAGAAACUGACAGAGAGAGAGCCCUGAGAGAGAGAGAGAGAGAGAGAGAGAGUGACUGAAGAAGGGCUGGCAGCGUGUGUAUGGAGGGAGGGGGCUGGCAGUUGCCUGGGUGGAACCUGAAACCUGAGGCUGUAGAGUGCGCGAGGGCCGUGUUCAGUCAGAGCCGUUCGCUCCAGACUUCCUCAAACAUGCUCACACAAACACCCUGCGCCUCCUCCCCUGCACGCAGCCUGCCUGCUGCCUGACUUCCCCGGGACUGUGCUGGCUGUGCUCGGCACGCAGGCUGCUGCUCCAGGCACCCCGUGCGGCUGCGCUGCGCCGACUGCAUCUGCGACCGUGACUGCGUCUGCGACUGCUGGCCCCCAGAGACCCCCGGCACGCAGAUGGUCUGACCAGUCAAGGGAAAAGUUUAUGACAGCUCGCCUCGCCUCUCCUGCGCUCCAGACCCCAGACCGCCGUCCUGCUCCGCAGCAGCUGAGCCGCUGUAUGGGGGUGACAGAAGCAGCGACUCUGCCCCACCGCAGCCUCUCUCUCCCGGACUGCUUCUCUCUCGCUGAGUAAAGUGUGGAUUGUCAGUCUUUUUCCUUUUUUUUUUUCUUCCUCCCGUUUUUGUACCUCACUUCUUCUGGACUGUCGGGUCAGGUUUCAAGGAAGAAGAAAGCUUUGGACUUACAAUGGAAGAACAGGCUGUCUCCAAUAGCAGCCCCCAGCACAGUCGGACACGGCAGAAUGUCAUCAGGUGUGGGUGGCUAAGAAAGCAAGGGGGCUUUGUCAAGACUUGGCACACACGCUGGUUUGUCCUCAAGGGAGACCAGCUUUAUUAUUACAAAGAUGAAGAAGAGACAAAAGCACUGGGGAUGAUUUUCUUACCUGGAAACAGAGUCACUGAGCACCCAAACAAUGGCGAAGAGGCGGGCAAAUUCCUGUUUGAAGUCGUUCCAGGGGGAGACCGAGAGCGAAUGACAGCCAAUCAUGAGACAUACCUUCUUAUGGCCAGCACCCAGAAUGACAUGGAGGAUUGGGUGAAGACCAUUCGGAGAGUCAUAUGGGCACCCUUUGGUGGAGGUAUCUUCGGUCAGAAGCUGGAGGAGACGGUGCGCUAUGAGCGACGCUUUGGGAACAAGCUGGCCCCCAUGCUGGUGGAGCAGUGCGCGGACUUCAUCCGCCAGUGGGGCCUGCGGGAGGAGGGCCUGUUUCGGCUGCCCGGGCAGGCCAACCUGGUCAAGGAGCUGCAGGACGCCUUCGACUGCGGCGAGAAGCCAUCCUUCGACUGUAAUACAGAUGUGCACACGGUGGCCUCCCUGCUGAAGCUCUACUUGAGAGAGCUCCCAGAGCCAGUCAUACCCUUCGCCAAAUACGAGGAAUUCCUCUCCUGCACUAAGCUCCUCAGCAAGGAUGAAGAAUCCGGAAUGAAGGAAUUGCGAAAACAAGUCGAAAGCCUACCUCCAGUCAACUACAAUCUGCUGAAAUAUAUAUGCAGGUUUCUCGAUGAAGUUCAGUCUUAUUCAGGUGUGAAUAAAAUGAGUGUACAGAACCUGGCAACCGUCUUUGGGCCCAAUAUUCUGAGACCUAAGGUCGAAGACCCUGUAGCUAUCAUGGAAGGUACUGUGCUGGUCCAGCAGCUGAUGUCGGUCCUGAUUGGGAGCCACGAUGUGCUCUUUCCCAAAGACGAGGAAAGCCCCACGGCCCCGGAGCUGUGCAACAACAACAACGAGGUGCACAGGAAGCCCACGGCGGGGCAGCUGCAGAACCGGGAGAACAACAACACGGCGGGCAUGCGCCAGUGCUCCUGGGAGACGCCCGAGUCGCCCACGCGGGCGGCGGUGGACAACGGCUCGCCCGGCCCGCUGGGGGGCCAGCGCUCGGGCAGCCCGCGCAACAGCCUGGCCGGCAAGUUCGACCUGACCCGCAGCCCGCCCCUCACGGUCAAGAAGAACCCGGCCUUCAGCAAGGGCAGCGGCAUCGUCACCAACGGCUCCUUCAGCAGCUCCUCGGCCGACGGCCAGGAGAAGGGCCAGACCCUGCCCGGCACGGGCACCCAGGCCCGCCGCACCGCCUCCCUCAAGGGCCCGGGCACCAAGAUGGGCACCAGCGGCGUGCCCAACGGCGGCGUGCGCAUGGGCGUGUCCAGCACCGACGUGGUGAACGGGACGCUGAGCGUGCGCAACGGGCUCUGGCUGCCCAACGGCUACGUGACUCUGCGGGACAGUAAGCCCAAGGACUGCCUGAGCGAGCAGGCCGCCCAGCAGAACCGGCUCUCCACCUACGACAACGUGCAGCAGCAGCAGUUCCCCAGCAGCGCGUGCGAGGACAAGCAGAGCGUGGACAGCGCCACCUGGUCCACCUCCUCCUGCGAGAUCUCCCUGCCCGACAACUCCACGUCCUGCCGCUCCUCCACCACCACCUGCCCCGAGCAGGACUUCUUCGUGGGCCACUACGAGGACCCCGUUUUGGACGCGCCCGCGCACGAGGACGCCGGCCAGCAGGGGGAGCUGGAGCGGAGGAACGGCGGGGGCCGCGGGAGCCGGGCCACCAGCAGCAGCGAUAACAGCGAGACGUUUGCGGUGAACAAUAGCGCCAGCGGCCACAGCGCCCUGCACAGUCUGGUGGCCAGCCUGAAGCAGGAGAUGCACAAGCAGAAGACCGAGUACGAGGCCAGGAUAAAGAGCCUGGAGCACAGGAACCUGGAGCUGGAGACAGAGAUGGUGAACCUCCACGAGGAGCUGGACCAGGAGAGGAAGAAGUACACCAUGGUGGAGAUAAAGCUACGGAAUGCCGAGCGGGCGAAGGAGGACGCUGAGAAGAGGAACGAGAUGCUCCAGAAGGAGAUGGAGCAGUUUUUCUCCACGUUCGGGGAGCUGACGGCUGAUCCACGUCGGCCGGAGAGGGGGAACACCAUCUGGAUCCAGUAAGGAGGGACCAUCUGAGCCAAAAAAAACUAGCUGACUGGUGCAUUGUGGGUAAGGGCCAUCCGGGAGAUGAUGCCUGAGAGAGACUAGUAUUCUUACAUCAUGGACUCCUCGAAGACAAAGGAACAUUUCUCACCUUUUUUUUCUUUAAUGUGGUCCUACCAAAUAUAUAAUCCCACUCUGUUACUGUUAAGUGUUAUCUUGUAUCUGGUUGUGUAUAUAGAGGAAAGCAAUGUCGACAACUUCAAGAAAGAUAUGUAUGUAAAAGAAAUUAACUAAAGUAAUAUUUUAAUGCAAGUCUGGUAUUUAAACAGAGCUAUCAAUGUGUUGCAUUUAAAUUUUAUAUCAAGGCUUUUCCUUGCACUUAUCUUUUUUCCAACGUGGUACUGAAUGAAUUUGCAUAUGCUGAUUUCAUUUUCUGUGUUUCUGUCUCCCUUUUAAUUUAAAUGAAUAACUCGUGGCUAUGCUCGAUGUGCCAUUUGACUCAUUCCAUGACCAAAAAGAGACAGAAAAUAUAAAUAUUUUAUAAAAUA